CAGGGAAUGAAAGACCAAUGUCAUCCCCUUCCCCUGCUUAGAAGUUAAGUUCCUAUUGAGGAGGAUCUUCCAUUUUCAUCUCAGAUGGACAUGAAAUCGGAAGAUUCUAAAUCAGCUCUCCCUCCUUCACCUAAGGCAGUUAAGGCAGACUCUCUUGAAGAAAGGGUAACCCUCUUGCCAAGCUCAAACGCUAAGCCCGGAGAUGCCGUCUUGAGACAGAUAGGGAUAGGGAAUUGCCUUGAAUGGAUCUCCACCCUGGAAGCCCCGCAGGGAUUGCCUGAAGCUGAAAACCUUACGUUGACUGACACUUUCUUUCUAUACACAAGUCAUUCCAUUCUAGUUCCAGGAGAGGAGAAGAGGAAGAAUCAAGGCAUUCAGUCUUUCCAAGCUCAGUGCUAAGGGCAUAGAAAGGUUCGUACGGAUAGAUUCCAUCAACGGAAAUUUAUCAAUGGAUGGGAGAAAGAAGGUCUCUGCCAGGGUUAAGUGCCACAUUAAAGGAAGGCUCAAAGCCAGGCUUUAGGAAAGAUUCACUACGUAUCACUAUGAAUAUUCAGACGCACCUGCAGCGGAGCAGUUAAGUGAGUGUCUGGCAAAGAGCUUUCUUCGCGUAUAACAAGAGGUGAUGCAGCUAGGAAGUUAACGAGUGAACAUCUUUCCGAACAAGGGAGACUGGAAUGCUUA